UGAAAACUCUCCAACAGGCGUCAACACGCCAAUCACCGCCAUACGUAGGAACUCUCCGGCCCUUUCCUUAGCCCACACAGCCCACAAAAUUCCACAUCGUAUGAAAGCCAAAACCUUCCGUUUCCUAGAGAUGCGCGCCUAAGUUUCCGCACCUAUAAAUUAUACUAUCAUCAACUUCCUCUGUUCAAAUCAAUUCAAAUCACAAGGAAGGCAAAAAGAUCCCUCAAAUUCUUCUCCAGAUCUACGAUUGGCAUCGUCUUUGUGAUGGCGGAAACUGAUCCCAAACCUCAAAACCAGAUGGAGGGUAGCGAGGAGCAGAGGUUGAAAUACUUGGAAUUCGUGCAAGCCGCUGUCCUCCAUCUGGUGCUUUGCGCUGCUAGCGUUUACACUUACGCGAAAGAUAAUUCGGGCCCGUUGAAGCCCGGCGUCCAGCGCGUUGAGGGCACCGUCAGAACUGUUGUUGGCCCGGUAUAUAAUAAGUUCCAUGAUGUGCCCUUUGCGCUCCUCAAGUUAGUUGAUCGCAAGGUCGAUGAAUCUGUGAGCAAGAUGGAGAACUAUGUACCUCCACUUUUAAAGAAGGCACCUGCUGCAGCUCGCACUGUUGCUUCUGAAGUUAAGAGUGCAGGUGUUAUGGAAACUGCUUCAGGACUUGCAAAGAAUGCAUAUGUCAAGUAUGAGCCAGCUGCGAGGGAGCUUUACACCAAAUAUGAGCCAGUGGCUGAGCAUUACGCUGUAUCUGCUUGGCGCUCUCUGAAUAAGCUUCCAUUGUUUCCUCAGGUGGCACAAGCUGUUGUCCCUGCUGCUGGUUAUUGUUCUGAGAAGUAUAACCAGACUGUUCAGCAGACAGCAGAGAAGGGUUACAAGGCUGCAUCUUAUCUACCAUUGGUACCCACCGAGAAGAUUGCUAAGAUAUUUACAACUGAAGAGGCGGAACCUAGGGUUGGUGGAGGAGAUUCUGCCGUUGAGGCACACUAAUGUUUCCGGUGUCUGUCUAGACUGCAUGCUACCUCUGCGUUAUAUCUAGAAGACAGUUAGGUUUGAGUGUAUUGAUAUUGGACGGUGUUCUUUAGUCUCAGGACCUUCGUGUGGACAUCGUGGUGUCUGGUAUUUUGUUUAGACAAAGCUGUUUUUUGUUGUUUGGAUUGAUGCUUUGUUAUUGUUAAAGACAAAGUUGUUGGGUUUAACUAGUGUCGAUCCAAUGUGCUGCAUUUUUUGUUUUGCUUGUUCUUUGGUACAGGCAUCAUAUCAGUGCAAUUGGAACCAUUGACAUGUUAUGUCAAUUUUGCAAAUAAUUUUAGCUUUGAACAGCUCGUAUUA